AGUGUAGCUAGCAUACCGCAGUCAGUAGCCAGCCUGUGUGUACAGCAGCGCAGUAAGACCACUUUAUCAUACGGAGGACUUCAGAAAGGCUCCCGGUAAUAACGUUGUUACAGCGGUGACUUUUCCUUGUGGCCGCGAAGAACGUGUAAAAAGGCAGCCGGUUUUCACAAUGGCGACAGCUGCGGUUUCUGCCAGUGGCCCCAAUCCCGGAACCGGAGCUGAGUUGGUCCGAGGACAGGCCUUCGAUGUCGGGCCCCGGUACCACAAUCUGUCGUAUAUCGGUGAGGGCGCCUACGGAACGGUGUGCUCUGCGUAUUGCCGUGACAACAAGGUCCGCGUGGCGAUAAAGAAGAUCAGUCCGUUUGAACACCAGACAUACUGCCAGAGGACUCUGAGAGAGAUUAAGAUCCUGCUGCGCUUCAAACACGAGAACAUCAUCAGCAUCAACGACAUCAUCCUCACGCCCUCCAUCGAUCAGAUGAAGGACGUCUACAUAGUGCAGGACCUGAUGGAGACAGACCUGUAUAAGCUGCUGAAGACCCAGCGCCUGAGCAACGAUCACAUCUGUUACUUCCUGUACCAGAUCCUGAGAGGCCUGAAGUACAUCCAUUCUGCCAACGUCCUGCACCGUGAUCUCAAACCCUCCAACCUGCUGCUCAAUACCACCUGUGAUCUAAAGAUCUGUGACUUCGGUCUGGCGCGUGUGGCUGACCCAGACCACGACCACACAGGCUUCCUGACGGAGUAUGUAGCUACUCGCUGGUACCGGGCGCCUGAAAUCAUGCUCAACUCCAAGGGUUACACCAAGUCGAUUGAUAUCUGGUCUGUGGGCUGCAUCCUGGCUGAGAUGCUCUCCAAUAGACCCAUCUUCCCCGGGAAGCACUACCUGGACCAGCUCAAUCACAUACUGGGUAUCCUAGGGUCUCCUUCCCAGGAGGAUCUGAACUGCAUCAUUAACAUCAAGGCCAGGAACUACCUGCUGUCUCUCCCACUGCGCUGCAAGGUCCCCUGGAACACCCUCUUCCCCAAAGCCGACUCCAAAGCUCUGGACCUGCUGGACAAGAUGUUGACCUUCAACCCCCACAAGAGGAUCGAGGUGGAGGCGGCUCUGGCUCACCCUUACCUGGAGCAGUACUACGACCCUACAGAUGAGCCUGUAACAGAGACUCCCUUCAAGUUUGCGAUGGAGCUUGAUGAUCUCCCCAAAGAGACCCUGAAGGAGCUGAUCUUUGAAGAGACUGCUCGCUUCAACACAGUCUGCAGGCCCUAACCCAUACAGACAGAUCCUCAAAUUCUACAGCUGCACCAUCGAGGAACAUCCUGACCGGUUGCAUCACCGCCUGGUACGGCAACCACUCAGCAUCUGACCGUAAGGCACUACAGUGGGUAGUGUGUACGGCCCAGUACAUCACUGGGGCCAAGCUCUCUGCCAUCCAGGACCUCUAUACCAGGUGGUGUCAGCGGAAGGCCCUAAAAGUUGUCAAAGACCCCAGCCACCCAAGUCAUAGACUGUUAUCUCUGCUACCUCAUGGCAAGCGGUACCGGAGUGCCAAGUCUAGGACAAAAAGACUUCUCAACAGUUUCUUACCCCCAAGCCAUAAGACUGCUGAACAAUUCAUUGAAUGGCCAUCGGAGUCACUUCACCCCUACCUACAUAUACAAAUGACCUUUAACCUGUACUACUGUUUAUUAUCUAUGUAUAGUCACUUCACCCCUACCUACAUAUACAAAUGACCUUUGACCUGUACACCCGCACACUGACUCUGCACCGGUGCCCCCUGUAUAUAGCCUCGGUUAUUUUGUUUACAUUUUUUAAAUAUUUUCUUAACCAACAAUGCAGUUUAAAGAUAAUGAAGUUAAGGACUUGUAAGUAAG